AGUUGGAACCAUCUGGUAAAGCUAACCCAAUCAGGGAACAACCAUGAAGCCCGCCGUGUUUGCCAUAAUCGCUUGCAUCCUGCUCGUCGGACUCACUGGCCUCGCCUCAGGAUGCGAUUGUGACUGCAAACCUUGUGGACCUGGCGGCACGGCUUGCAAGGGCUGUCCAGAGCGGGUUGCACUCUGCCAGGACCUCAUCAACACCAUCCAGACCCUCCAGAGGAAGGUCCGCCAGUGCGUCUGCGGAGAGCCAACUUGGAUGCUGUGAGGUCGUACUAGCCCCGUUGCCAUCCUAUUCUUCUGAUUUUUAAAACCCUUCUAAAUAAAUUUGUUUUUUUUCCUGCAAAAGGGUUUUCUUUUACCGAUUUUGAU